CACAUGGGUGGCACGGCCGCUGCGUCAGUCACAGCCCUGGCUGCGGGAGACGAGCCGCCGCCGCCGCCGCCGCCGCCGCCAGCGGACGGGGCGGGGAUCGCGGUGCCAGGUCCUCGUCCGGCCGCCCCCGCCGCCUCAAACAGCAGCUCCCGGCUGGGCCCGACCGUCAUGGAGCGGGGCGGGACCUCGGCCUCUGCCGACUGAGGUGCGCCGCUGCCGCCGCCGCCGCCGUCGCCUCAGCCGCCUCAGCCUUCCGAGGCCUCCGGAACCCCCGUCGCCGCGCCGAGCCCCUCGCCCUUGGCAGCCUGUCGCCGCCCCCUGGGCGGGCCCGAAUGCGCGUCCGGUGAAGGUGCAGGCCCGGCGCCGCCGCUGCCGCUGCCGCUGCCGCAGCCGGGAGAUGGUUCGGGCCUAGCGGAGCCGAGACUGGAGCAACAUGAACCGUGAAGACCGGAAUGUGCUGCGUAUGAAAGAACGGGAAAGGCGGAAUCAGGAAAUUCAGCAGGGCGAAGACGCCUUCCCACCUAGCUCUCCUCUCUUUGCUGAGCCUUACAAAGUUACUAGCAAAGAAGAUAAGUUAUCAAGUCGCAUUCAGAGUAUGCUUGGAGACUACGAUGAAAUGAAGGAGGAUUUCAUAGGAGACAGAUCUAUACCAAAGCUUGUUGCGAUUCCCAAGCCUACAGUACCACCAACAGCAGAUGAAAAAUCUAGUCCAAAUUUCUUUGAACAAAGACAUGGAGGUUCUCAUCAGAGUAGCAAAUGGACUCCGGUAGGACCUGCACCCAGCACUUCUCAGUCUCAGAAACGGUCCUCAGGCUUACAGAGUGGACACAGUAGCCAGCGGACCAGUGCAAGUGGAGGUAGUAGCACUAACAGUAGUGGCCAGAGGCAUGACCGUGACUCAUACAGCAGUAGUGGGAGCAGUAGCCGGAAAAAAAGCCAACAUGGAUCAGAACACUCCAAAUCACGCUCUUCUAGCCCUGGAAAACCCCAGGCUGUUUCUUCGUUAAGCUCUAGUCAUUCCAGAUCUCAUGGGAAUGAUCACCAUAGCAAGGAACAUCAGCGUUCCAAAUCACCUCGGGACCCUGAUGCACACUGGGAUUCUCCUUCUCGUGUACCUUUUUCGAGUGGGCAACACUCAAAUCAGGCUUUCCCACCUUCAUUGAUGUCAAAGUCUAGUUCCAUGUUACAGAAACCCACUGCCUAUGUGCGGCCCAUGGAUGGACAGGAGUCCAUGGAACCAAAGCUAUCCUCUGAGCACUACAGCAGCCAGUCCCAUGGUAACAGCACGACUGAGCUGAAGCCCAGCAGCAAGGCUCAUCUUACCAAGCUGAAAAUACCCUCCCAACCACUGGAUGCAUCAGCUUCUGGUGAUGUGAGCUGUGUGGAUGAAAUUCUAAAAGAGAUGACGCAUUCAUGGCCUCCCCCUCUAACGGCUAUUCAUACACCAUGCAAAACAGAACCUUCCAAAUUUCCUUUUCCAACUAAGGAGCCUCAGCAGUCCAACUUUGGUCCUGGAGAACAAAAAAGAUAUAACCCUUCUUCUAAAACUUCAAAUGGACACCAACCUAAAUCUAUGUUAAAAGAUGACUUAAAACUCAGCAGCAGUGAAGACAGUGAUGGGGAACAGGAUUGUGAUAAAACAAUGCCAAGAAGUACACCAGGAAGUAACUCUGAACCUUCACAUCAUAAUAGUGAAGGGGCAGAUAACUCCAGAGAUGAUUCUAGCAGCCACAGUGGGUCUGAAAGCAGCUCUGGAUCUGACUCCGAGAGUGAAAGUAGUUCCAGUGAUAGUGAGGCAAAUGAGCCAUCCCAGAGUGCAUCUCCUGAGCCUGAACCACCACCAACAAACAAAUGGCAACUAGAUAAUUGGUUGAAUAAAGUGAACCCGCAUAAGGUGUCUCCAGCUUCUUCUGUGGAUAGUAACAUCCCAUCAUCUCAAGGCUACAAAAAGGAGGGCCGAGAACAGAGCACUGGGAAUAGCUACACGGAGACGAGUGCACCUAAAGAAACAAGUUCUGCUACUCCUGGGCGAGACUCUAAAACCAUCCAAAAGGGAUCAGAAAGUGGGCGCGGAAGGCAGAAGUCUCCUGCACAGAGUGACAGCACAACACAGAGGAGAACUGUAGGCAAAAAACAACCCAAAAAGGCCGAGAAGGCAGCUGUUGAAGAACCCCGUGGAGGCCUGAAGAUAGAAAGUGAGACGCCUGUCGACAUGGCUGCCAGCAUGCCCUCCAGCAGACACAAAGCAGCCACCAAAGGCUCAAGGAAACCCAAUAUAAAGAAGGAGUCUAAAUCUUCCCCUCGGCCUCCAGCAGAGAAAAAGAAAUACAAGUCAACGAGUAAGUCUUCCCAGAAAUCAAGGGAAAUCAUAGAAACAGAUACCUCAUCCUCAGAUUCAGAUGAAAGUGAGAGCCUUCCUCCUUCCUCUCAAACUCCUAAGUACCCUGACAGCAAUAGGACUCCUGUUAAACCCUCCUCAGUGGAGGAAGAAGAUAGCUUUUUUCGGCAGCGAAUGUUCUCUCCUAUGGAAGAGAAGGAACUUCUUUCACCCCUUAGUGAGCCUGAUGACAGGUAUCCACUUAUUGUGAAGAUUGACCUGAAUCUUUUGACUAGAAUACCAGGAAAGCCUUACAAAGAGACAGAGCCACCUAAGGGGGAAAAGAAAAAUGUGCCAGAAAAGCACACAAGAGAGGCCCAGAAACAAGCCUCAGAGAAAGUGUCCAACAAAGGCAAGAGGAAACAUAAGAGUGAAGAUGAUAACCGAGCCAAUGAGAGCAAGAAACCCAAAACAGAAGAUAAGAAUUCAACAAGCCACAAGCCAUCCAGCAAUCGAGAGUCAUCUAAGCAGAGUACUGCAAAAGAAAAAGAUUUGUUGCCUUCUCCUGCUGGGCCUGUUCCUUCAAAAGAUCCAAAAUCAGAGCAUAGUUCUCGAAAGAGGACCAUUAGUCAGUCAUCUUCCUUGAAGUCAAGCAGUAACAGCAAUAAGGAGAACAGUGGCAGCAGCAAAAGCAGUUCCUCCACAUCAAAGCUGAAAAAGACUGAAGGGAAGACCUCAAGUAGCUCCAAGGAGGUUAAGGAAAAGGCUCCAAAUAGCACCUCUAAUUGUCCUCCAUCUACACCGACUCCUGAUGCUUCUAAGCCUCGUAGAACAAAGCUCGCCUUUGAUGACAGAAGUUACUCCGCAGACCAUUAUUUACAAGAAGCAAAAAAGUUAAAGCACAAUGCAGAUGCAUUGUCUGAUAGGUUUGAGAAAGCUGUGUACUAUCUUGAUGCUGUGGUAUCUUUCAUUGAAUGUGGGAACGCUUUGGAGAAAAAUGCUCAGGAAUCUAAAUCCCCAUUCCCCAUGUAUUCAGAGACAGUGGAGCUCAUCAAGUACACUAUGAAGCUGAAGAGUUACUUAGCACCAGACGCCACAGCUGCAGAUAAGAGACUCACGGUGCUCUGCCUGCGAUGCCAGUCUUUGCUGUACCUGAGGCUAUUCAAGCUGAAGAAGGAGAAUGCUCUGAAGUACUCAAAGACACUGACAGAGCACCUCAAGAAUUCUUAUAAUAAUUCUCAAGCACCAUCCCCUGGCUUGGGAAGCAAAGCUGUUGGGAUGCCUUCCCCAGUUUCUCCAAAGCUGUCACCAGGCAAUUCAGGAAAUUACUCUUCUGGGGCCAGUAGUGCUUCAGCAAGUGGCUCAUCAGUGACCAUUUCACAGAAGAUCCACCAGAUGGCAGCCAUCUAUGUUCAGGUUACAUCCAACUUCCUCUAUGCCACCGAAAUCUGGGACCAAGCUGAACAGCUUUCCAAAGAGCAAAAAGAAUUCUUUGCUGAACUGGAUAAAGUAAUGGGCCCGCUCAUCUUUAAUGCAAGCAUCAUGACAGAUCUGGUUCGUUAUACCCGGCAGGGACUGCACUGGCUUCGCCAGGAUACCAAGUUGAUGUCUUGAACUGAACGUAUUCUUGUUGCCUCUGAUUUUCUCCACAACACUGUGUCACAUCACGAAGGAAAACUGCCAUAACACGCCACUUAGUUGACACUAAGAAUGGGGAAUGGUUUUCUCCUCCUUGGUUCAUGUGUUGUUUUUUAUAACUCAAACCAUCAUGUCAGUUGACCCUUUCAAUAUUCCCAAUGUGAAAAGUUAUUUAAAUGCUUUUAAAUCUGCAGCACACUUAUAAGAUGGUUUUAGUGAUCUAUAAUAAGAUUGGAAUUCCAGUUGUGAUUCAUAACUAAUGCAAUGAAAUUUUAUUUAUUUUAAUUUUUUAAGUUCCCAGACUGGGGCUUGUUUAAAACUUAGCUAUUUCUGCCUAUAAAUUUACUCUGUUGAAUAUUUAGCAUAAAUUUAACGUAGGCAUUUUUAUUUAUAUACUUUGGGGAGGUUUGUUACCUAAUAAUGUCUUUUUGUGGUAGCUCUUCUAAGAGUAAGAGUUGGUUCAUCUAAAAUAUGAACCUGUUCUUUCUGUACCUACUACCUGAUACUGUUUCAGAUCUUAACUACAAUUUUAUUAUUGUAGAAUUGAUGCUUAAUAUUAAGGAUAUUCUACACAUGAAAAAUCACUUAAAUAUGAGAGAUGUCAUUGUACGUGGAUGUGAAAUGAAAUGUGUCUGAUUUGGUGUGCAUUAUUUCAGAAACUGUGAAUGUGUGUUUAUAACACUAUAGCAAUCACAAGGUGACUAUGAUUUGCAUUUAAUGCAUUACAGAAGAGAAAAGGCAACUUUCCAGGAGAAAUAUAUCAUUUUGAACAGUUUCAUAAAAGGACAAUCUUGAACUGUAUGGAUUUUGUUAAAACCGUAUAUUCUUUUUUGUUGCUAAUCCUUUGACACUUAAUUGAAGUAGAAUAAGUUACUAUUGAAAAAAAAAAAGAUCCAGCUCCUGAGGGUUGUUGCCUGUGUCUCUUGAAUUGAUAAUAUUUGAAGGUUAAAAUCUCUUUUCAGAUUACUUUUUCCCAUAGUAGAUUACACUGCUCUGAGAAGAGCUUGUGCAGCGACUGAUGUGGAGAUGGGCUGGAGCUUUGGUGUGUGUGCUUUGCUAUACAGCUUACAGUUCUAAUACCUAAUGUGGAGAUGAUGAAUUUUUCUCAAUUUUUAAACGGAUCUUGUAUUUGCUCCCUUUGUGUUAUGAAGGCCCUCAUCAAUGAUGUAUGUUUCUGAUGGGAUCAGAAAUUUCACACUAGAAAUGUACCUAACUUGGUUCAUGAUGAGCUCUCUUGGGAAGGGGAGGGGACCUGGGGCAGAGCUUAAGAAACCAGCCCCGUGAGAGUUGUAUAUCAAAGUACCUUUCCCUGCGAAGGACAUGGAGAAGUCACAUGUGAAAGCUGGACGCUCCGUAUUUUGUUUUUAGUGCCCAUAUCUUCUCUAGUGUGCCUUAAAUCUUACCUUUAAAUGAAAACUCUACAGAUUGUUUACAGAUGAAGUUUUACACUAGAAGCAGAUCAUCCAUACGUGGUUGGUCUUCUGUAGUAAUGUUAAAUUCUUUUUCCUUUCAAAUUUUCCCUUAGGGCCACAUCAGUCUUUUCAAAAAAACCAAUGCUUUGGUACUAAUGACGUAGUCUAACCAGUUGGGUAAUGUUGCUUCAAAAAAUAGUUUGUCCUUCUUCCCAUUCCAAAAAUGAAUCCAUCCAAUCAGAAGAAAAGGUUGCCCUACUAAGUAUAGAUGAUUGCUAAGGCUUGAAAUUGGAAAGGGAAAAGACAGGAUGGAAAAUCUCAAAGUUUAAUGGUGCAGUGAAUCUUUUUGUGUGUGUUUGAGUCUCUUUUACACUUCUUUCUGAAACUAGUGAAAUUUCAUUGUCCUGUGGCCUGUUCUUACCUGUUUUGUACCUCAAGUUAUUUUUUAUAUAUCAUUGACAAUUGCAAUCUAUAAAUUAUGUUGGAUUUAACUUUUUUCCCUUGGAGAAAUUGCCUCUUCAAUCUUUCUGAUGUAACUUCAGUGUGUUCUUGAAACAGUUUUCCUUAAGAGGAGAACUUCUCAGUGAUCAUAAUAGUUAUUUAGUGAGAAAUAACUUGUUAAUCAAGUUAGACAUAUGCCCUGCCCUCUGAUUUCUCUGACUUGACUGUAAUCUGCUGUGAUGUCUAAGAAGUGGAAUCAAUAUCGUCUGGGCUUUUCGACUUUGAGCAGCAGCAGCCCCCAGGGCACCUCUGAGUUCCCAGUAUGUUCUAGUCUCUUCUGUGUCCUGAAAGGCAGCCAGAGCACUUCUCGUGUCCCACUGAUAUUUUCUGAAAGCCGAGUUUCCUGCGUGUCUUAUGGUGCUGCUCCGUGAUAUUUUCUCUUUAAAACAAUUCUUUGAAAAUGAAUUUGCAAACUUUUCAUUGUGGAGGGUAUUUCCCAGCAGGUGGAAAUGGGCAAUGCAUCAGAAUCCCAUCCUAAACAGUGGGGUCUUCACUGUCGUAGUCUGUGGAAAUGCCACUCCCUGUCUCCCAUGUCUGUCGUUUCCAGCAUUCUGUGUCGUCAUCUGCUCCGGCACAUACUUCGGACUCCUUGACAGGUGCCCAUUCCUCCCUCCUCAGUAGGUGUCCUCAGGGUCUCCUCACCAUCUAAAAUUAAAUUUUGACAAGUGGCUAAAAACUUACUUAGUCUGAAACCUAGGCUUAAUACGUAGAAAUUAUAGAAAUAGCAACUAUUUCAAAAGGUAUUCUGUUGACUGCUCUUUUGAGACCACACUUAUUUGCCAGGAGGCAGCAGGCCACACAGCUGGACUCUUUACAGGCAACCAGCGAACCGUGGGGGAUGAAGUUGUCACGGUAGCCUUGCCGGAGCUGACUGAGCUGUGGGGAGCACUACCAGAUGAUUCAGGCUUCCACAGCCCAGCCCAGGCUCUAGUCUAGACGGCAUCCAGCCCAUUCCUUGCCUCAUUGUCACCUUUUUCUGGGCAAGGAGCCACGAAUUGACUUUUUAAGCAGUGAAUCCUUCAGAUAAAUUCACAGCUAUAGUUGCUGAAGGGUGGAGAAGAUUGUCCACCACUGAUUAAAUUCUCCAGUAUCAAAGCAGCUUAGGGUAAUGUGUGCGCCUGCCCACGCACGCCUGUCCUUCUCGGGAGCUCUCGCACUGGUGACUCCCCAGGCAUCUGGGCUGUACUUUGAGUGACAUACUUGUGGCUUUAUUAGAUUCACUGUUUUUGUUUUAAUUGUUUGUUUUUUUUUCAUUAAAGGUUUAAUCAGCUAGCUCGGAAGACAUCAUUUUGUAUUUAAUGACAGGAACUUUGGUACAUGAACUUGCAGUGAAGCAAGAGCCUACGAAAGGCACCUGUAAUGAAUGAAAGUACUGGCUGCAGAGGCCAGGACGCGGGGGAGGUUCAGACAUGCUUAGUUGUGUGGAGGAGAGUACGCUGUGCACUCUUCCGGGUAUGAGGGUCUGCAACUUUGGAUCUUAAAAUUAUGUACACAUACACACUUUAUAUAUAUGUAUGUAUGUAUGUAUGAAAACAUGAAAUUAGUUCGUCAAAAUGUGUGUGUUUAGUAUUUUAGCUUAGUGCAGCUAUUUCCACAUUAUUUAUUAAAUUGAUCUAAGACACUUUCUUGUUGACACCUUGAAUAUUAAUGUUCAAGGGUGCAAUGUGUAUUCCUUUAGAUUGUUAAAGCUUAAUUACUAUGAUUUGUAGUAAAUUAACUUUUAAAAUAUAUUUGAGCCCUUCUGUAGUGUAACAGGGCUCUUAUGGGGUGGGGGGGAAGAAUUUUAAUUUUCCAGUCGCUAAUUGAACAAACUGGCUUCAUUGUGCUUUUGAUUUAUAGGAGAUUGUGUCUGGUCCCAGGAACAUCUCCUGGGGGUGACAUAUUCUGGGUGUUCUAGACAGAUUGUGAUGCCUUAGGUUUUACAAAAAACCUAAGUAACUUGGGGAGCCAGAGUAUUUCAGAUCCAUAUAGACUCCUAUAACUCAUACUCCCAGAUUGAAAGGAACACAGAUUUCAUUUCAGCUUUGUGUAUCAUUGUGUGUGGAAGAGGCAGAUUUUUUCCAGUAAUAAUACUUCAUAUUUAAGGUUGCUAUUCAGUAAUAUCAAUAGAAAAGAGCUAACCAUUGAAUGGCUUGGAAGGUGUAGGGACAAAAGCCAAAUUGGUCAUGUUUGUGAGAGUAUCUUUCACAUACCCACAAAUGAAGAAAUUCCAUUUAGACCUAGACCCUAAAACCAAGCAAACGACGGGAAGAAAGUUAUUACUUGGUAGAGUGGAAACUGGUCUUUAGUUCCUAUUCACGUGAACCUGUGAUUGAUUGUAAACAGAUGAAAAAAAUGUGCUGUCUGCAGAAAAGGGAAUGGGAGAAGUGGCUAAUUGUCUUCUUUUAGUGGAAUUUGGUCACAAGAUAAGGUAUCUGGUUGUCUAAACUGAGUCGUAUAAAUCCUAAUAAGCAGCCUAAAACUGGUAGCCUCAAGUGUCCUUGUAAGGAAGCUGAGUCCAGGAAUGUCAGCAUUGCCUCUCUAUGCCACCAUUGUCCAGCUGAGUAUAAAUUGCCGUUCUUAAAAAGCUUCCUGAACGAGCAUAGAAAAGCUCCCAUCUAGAAGUUCUAGUAAUACUCAGUUUGAUCUCUUACAGCUUCUAUGUGAGGUUUCUUUUCAGCUUUUAAUCAUUGGGGUUUUCUGUGUUCCUCUCUGGAGAAUAGCUUUUUGAAAAUACUGCCUUUCAAAUCAGUGCCGUGGUUACCUAUACUGUUGAGUUUGUUGUUGCUGUUUAAGAAGUGUCCCCAUUUUACAACUUUUUGCACGCACCUGGCAAAUCACUGACAUGAGCAUUCAACAGUACUGGGAUUGGGGUGGGAGGGUAGGGCUCACCAACAAAACUGGCCCAGUUGGCAGUACCUGGAAAGGCACCACCUUUGGGGGCCAAAUACGGGGUUGGUAAGCACAGUUAUGAAAAUGAAACUUUCUGUCUAGCCUCCGUUUUGAGUGGUUUUAAGAAACUUUGUAUAUGGAGGAUGGAAAUGCUUAUAUAUUUAUUGAAAAGUCCUUUUAUUUGAAAUUAAAACUAUUUGGUAAAUAACGGUUUGAUAUUUGGGGAGGGUUUUAAGGGGAGAUGAUACUGUUGAUAAGUUUAAAGCCUGUUGACUCAGCGGAAAGGUACUGUUAGUGACUGGGAGGACGCCUUUGUUUUGUACAUGACCCAGAUGUUUGUUCUACAUUUCUUUUAUCUCAAAUACCUAGGUAUCUGACAUUUUCAACCAAAAUUUCAAUUAUAUACUGUGUUUUUUAUUUGUUGCAAUACAUUAAAAUUUCAGAGGUACUUUGGGGUUCAAAAGCUAGGAUUUCUAAGUCAGUAUGUGCAUUUCACAUAAGAAAGCUGUUAAUGGUGAGCAAAGUAUUAUAUACUAACUAGAUUUUUCCACAUCUGUAUAGUAUAUUAUAUGUAUUUUGUGGUAUUGAGAUUAUAGAAAGUUUAGAGUGUCAAACAUGCGUUUAAUGUGUAUUUUUAAACAAAUUUAUGGCAAUUAAAAUAUUUGGAGACAAGGGUAUCACAUUUCAAUUUGUAAAGAUCUUUUUAACUCUACUGUGUCAUUAAGAUGCUUUGUAUAAUGCCAAACCAUAGCUGGAGAAACUAAGUUUAAUAAAUAUCAAAUAGAU